AUGGGUCGUCCACCAAUCUUACCUCUCAAUGGCUUCACAGUAGCUUAUAUGGCUCUUCCCACUAUCCUCUCAACUUUUGCCAAGCAUUAUUACCCAUUCAAACCUAACAGUCAAGAUCCAAAGGCUCGUGAUGAAUUGAGUUUUGAUGAAGCCUUUGCUCUUGCUAAAUUUGUAGCUGAAAAGGCUUCACAUUAUACUGUGGAGGAUGUACAGCGACUCGGUAAUGCUUUUGUACCUGCUCCUUGGAGUGUGAGAGUGAUUCGAGUUUCGAUUCCUUCAUCUACUUGUUCGGAUGCUGCUCAAUAUCUUAUCGACGCGUUGGGUCCAGAUGAGCUACAACAUGUCAUUGGUGGUCAACUUUGGUGGCAGAGAAGAAGUUCAAAGGACGGUGGUGUUGAAGCUGAAUGGAUCGCUAUGAAAUCCGAUUGGAAUCGAGUCAAGCCAAGAGCAGCUUCAUCAUCAUCAUCCUCUCAUGCUGCAAUCAACUCAAGUCAUCCUGAUCAUGAAGAUCAUACCGAAGAUCGUAAUCUUUCACCUCAUCCCAAAGCAAAAAGUAAACAGAAACGAAUGUCUGUCUUUCAACAAAUUCGUUCAUCUCCUCAAUCCGCGGUUUCCAACCCAGAAUCCGACUUGACUCACAGUUCUGAUCAUGGCUCAGAUCCCAACUCAAACCAUGAUGCACUUCAACACAAAUUCCCAUCUGUCUUGUCUCGACUUCGGAGCAUAUCUCAUCGAAUCAAGAAAGGUAAUUCAUCAGCUAAUUCACCCUCACCAGUAGAGCCUAUCUUGGGUCCAAACGCCAACCCCAACGACAAUCCAUCUCCACCUAAUCCUGUCAAUUCUCCAGGACAGACACCAGAAGAGACUCCUCCUCCUAAUCAUAGUUCUACUCCAAAUGAUGAUUUCGAAAACGCCACUUAUGAAGAAGAUAUGGAUACGAUGAGGUGUAUGCUCUAUAUACACGGAGGUGCGUAUUACUUUGGCAGUGUCAAUACACACAGAUAUUCCAUCUGGCGGUAUGCGCGUAAAAUGGGUGGUCGCGCUUUUGCAGUUAAUUAUCGAUUGGCUCCACAGUACCCAUUCCCUUGUGCUUUAGUAGAUUGCCUGGCUGCAUAUCUUUACCUAAUCAGACCUCCUCCAGAAGCAAAGCACAGACCAGUGGAUCCUUCCAAGUUGAUUAUUGCCGGUGAUUCGGCCGGAGGUGGCCUUAGUCUUGCUUUACUUACAUUAAUUAGAGAUUGUGGUCUACCGGCACCGGCUGGUGCUGUCUUGAUUUCCCCUUGGGUAGACUUGACUCAUUCUUUUCCUUCGGUCAUGGAGAAUACCAAGACCGACAUCAUACCACCUUAUGGAUUCAUGCACCAACCGAGUAUCUUAUGGCCUCCACCAUCACCCGAUGAAGAUAAUUCAGCAACUGAACCUCAAGCCUCAACUUCAAAUAUUCAACCUGAAGUCACCAAGCCCCCAACUAACCUUGAUAGACGAUUCUCAAUGUUUCGAUCAAUGUCCAAGGGUAAUAAAACCAAAGUGCCUGAAAUCAUUACACCUCAAGACCCCACAACAUCAACUGAUGUCUCAUCACCAGAACCCCACUCUCAUCCUUUACCCUCUCCAGAUAACACAUAUGUCAAUCCUUACAAACUGACCACUUUUGAAGACCUCAAGAGUUCAACACAAAAAGGCAAAGGUGAAAAGUAUCCUGUAGUCCAUAUAGAUGGAAAGAAGAUUGAAAUCGAUCAACAAAUUCAAUUAUACGCUCCGAAUGAUAUGGUUACUCAUCCUUACUGCUCACCUGCUCUUGCGCCAAGUUUGGGUGGCUUACCACCAUUGUUCAUUAUUGCUGGUGACAAUGAAGUUUUGCGUGACGAAAUCAUCUAUGUUGCUCAUCGGGCUGCGCGCCCGGAUCAAUAUCCGUUACGAGACGGCUUGUUGAAUGCUCAUCCUGAUAGAAAGGCGAAAGCAGCUCUUUACCCACCUACGAAAGUUCACUUACAAGUGUAUGAUGAUAUGUGCCAUGUUUUACCAAUGUUCUCAUUUGCUCGACCUGCCAAGUACUGCUAUAGAGCGAUCGCUUCAUUUUGUAAAUUUGUAACGAGUGAUGCCAAGGCCGAUCUCAGCUUGUCAUCUGCUCGUUCUCCUCAUUCAUCUAUCGAUGGGAUUGCGCCUUCGGCAAACCCUUCAACUGCACAUCACUCGAAUCCUCAUCCUGCUUCCAGUUCUAGAGACGCUGGCGUUUCAUCAGCUUCGGCUCACCCUACUUUCUCACCUACCGUGGUGGUUUCAAUGCAAUCUGAUACACCUGAAGCCCAACCAUCAGAACUCAAAUCUGAGAAACCAACGGGGUCCUUAACUCUUAUGAUUCCUGGCGCUGAAGCAAGUUCCUCAGCAAAUGCUUGUGCAUCUUUAUCGACCUCUCCUGAAGGACAAGCGCCAUCCACCUGGGGAAGAAUCACGGGAGGGUCUCAUGACACACAUCGAUCGAGUGUAGGACAUAGCGGAGUGAAUUCAGAAGUGCAAUCGAUUCAUAGUUCGAUUUCAAGUAAUGUGAUGAACGAUGAAGGAAAAGAACGGAAAGCGAAAUUAACGGUUGAACUUUUAAAAGAAUUAGAAGAAACGAUUUAUCAUUCUGCAUUACCAUUCAAUCGACCUGACUUUGAUGAUCAUAUGAUUAGAGAAAGAGUAGAUGUGAAUGGAAAGAUUCGAAAGUUGGAAGAUGAAACCGAUUUGAAGGCAUUAAAGUUGGAUUCUGAAUCGAUUGGAGUCAUUCAAGAAGGACCUGUUAGACGAUGGGCAGAAGGAAAAGAGAUUUGGGAUCAUAAAUUUAUGAAGCUUUAUAAAAAGAUUCAGUUUCAAAGGGAUCAUCAUAUCAAGCGAGCAACAGAAGAACAUAAAGAAAGAGUCAAAGAAAGAAGAAAAUCAGCUUUACCUCAAACCGGUCAACCAACCCAACCCCAAAUCGAACAAAGCUUACUGAGAUGUAAUUCAUUAGAUAAUUUAAGAAAACAUGAACGGAUCACAGAAAGACCUCCAGCUAGUUCGAUUGCUGCUAGGAAAGAUACAGGUGAAGCUAGAAAGUUGGCUAAAGCUUUAGAAGAACAAGUCAAGAGUAAAGGAAAUGCAUCUAAAUUAUGGUCUGGACUUCAUCAAAUUAAUUCUAGGCUCGAUUCACCACAUCAUGAAGAUGAUCGUAGGAAUCUUGAGAAUGAUGAAGAUCCGAUUGGUGGUGCUGGUGGUGUUAGUGGUGAUCAUCAUCAUCGUGUUUUACAGAGUAGGAUUAGGUUUUGA